CCGGGCCGGCCGAGGAGAGGCGGCUCCGGAGCGGGAGGCAGCGGUCGGCCGCGGACAGGCUCUGCGCUGGCCCGGGCGAUGCUCUAGGGCAGCAAACGCAGCGCCGGGAGGGAGAAGCCGUGCCCCAGAGGUGCUGACGUCCUAAAUUGCUGCUCUUGGAUGUCCAUGGGAGGCAGCUGAAGCCAGGCUGAGCAGGAGCAGCAGCACUUGGUCCAGGACUUGGCCCGCUCAGAGGCUGCUGCUCUGCUCCACUCUCAGCUCUGAGGACCCUGCCAAGGCAUGGAGGGGCUGUGGGUGCACAGUGUCCUGCUGAUCUUCCUGCUGCCCUGCCCUGUGGGGAGCCAGACCAGCUCCCUCCCUGACCAGAGAUGGUGGACAGACCCCAAUGAGGCCCCUUCCCAGCACCAAGCUGCCAGGGCCACGCAGGAGCAGAAGGCUGGUGAUGCCCAGGAGGGGCUGCCCCCACAGCCCCGCUGUGUCCGCUGCUGCCCCUCACCUGAAAAGCGCUUCUACCCCCAGUACCAGCCCAUGCCUCAGAUCAACAUGACCAUCCUGAAAGGAGAGAAGGGGGACCGUGGUGAGCGUGGCAUGCAGGGCAAGUUUGGCAAGACGGGGGUGGCUGGCAGCCGGGGCCACGCGGGGCCCAAGGGACAGAAGGGCAGCGUGGGCGCCCCCGGGGAGCGCUGCAAGAGCCACUACGCCGCCUUCUCCGUGGGCCGCAAGAAACCCCUGCACAGUAACGACUACUACCAGACCCUCAUCUUUGACACGGAGUUCGUCAACCUCUACGACCACUUCAACAUGUUCACGGGCAAGUUUUACUGCUACAUCCCUGGGAUCUACUACUUCAGCCUCAAUGUGCACACCUGGAACCAGAAGGAAACGUACCUGCACAUCAUGCGCAACGGGGCGGAGGUGGUGAUCCUCUACGCCCAGGUGAGCGACCGCAGCAUCAUGCAGAGCCAGAGCGUCAUGCUGGAGCUGAAGGAGCAGGAUGAGGUCUGGGUGCGGCUCUACAAGGGUGAGCGCGAGAACGCCGUCUUCAGUGACGAGUACGACACCUACAUCACCUUCAGUGGCCACCUCAUCAAGUACAGUGGGGACCCCUGAGCCCCCCCACCCCUCCUGUGCCAGGCCAGGUGGCCAAGGAGCCCCUGUCCCUCUCAUCCCAGGAGUGCCACCCCCAUUAUGCUGUUAGUCACCCUAGUGCCACUACCCCCAGCAGCUGCACCAGUGUGUGAAUUCCCUCGCUGCAGCACCUCAAGGCUAACCAGACACACCUGGAAGAGUUGGAGCAAUUGUAAGCCCCUGCCACGUUAGUGACCAGGAAGCAGCUGCUCACCUGGGGUGGGCAGGGAGCUCACCCCCUCUCCCUGCUCCAGAGCUGGGUUUGCCAGGCUCAGCCUGUCGCGGCGCUGGCACAGCGGCACAGUGUGACCACUGGUGCCCUGGUGCCAUGCAGCGCAGACACUAGCACGGUGCCACACUCACCUCCUGGCACCAUGCUGUGCUCCCCGGCCAGAACGGACAGAAGGUGCUCAGCACCAUCCAGAAAGGCAAUAAACCACUAAGGGCCCUCCUGCCUUCCCCGGUGCAGGUGUUGCAGUGGGAGGCUGGGUCCCCCUGUGGGGAGUGAAUUGUGUCAGUUCCCUCCGCAGAUUCUGUUGCUGCUCGCUGCAGCCUCUGCUCAGGAAGGGCGCUCUACCCACCAGCAGCCCUGGGUGUGGGGCUUUUGGCCUCAGCCACUUCCUCUUCCCUUAGGUUAUCUGCUGGCCAGGCUUCAUGUUUGUGUAGAUGCAGCAGCAGCAUGGGCCAGCAUUCUGACCCCCCAUUCAGCUCAUGCCACAUUAAACACCUCACAUUUCCAGCCUU